AUGCGGCUGCCGCGGCGAGGCGCCCGCCCGGGUCUCGCCCUUCUCGCGCUCGCCCUCGCGCUCGCCCUCGCGGCCCGCGGCGCGGACGCGUCCAUCCACGAGUACUCCGGCGGCGGCUUUGCGCCGCGCGCCAACUCAUUCUUCUUCCACGGCGGCAGCGAGGGCCUCUACGCUUCCGAAUCCUCCUCAAACUCCUCCAACUCCUUCAUCAGGUUUGACAUUGUUACAUUUCGACGGUCCCAGGAGUCAGCAGCUAGACAUGAAGAAAUGCAGCAAAAGACAGGAUUAGUAGAGGCUAUUAUUGUUGAGAUCCAGGACAGAGACAAAAUCGGGGGUUCUUACUUGCACUCUGAUGCAAUAUGCUGCACGCCUGAGCUUGACAAGGAGAAGUCCUGUAAAGUAGGUGAAGUUAUUAUACGGCCAAAUCCUGAUAAUCCAGACUGGCCAAAAAGAAUUCAGACAUUCUUUGAUGGUAAAAACGAAGAAACUACCAUGGGAACACAGAGCGUCUCUAUAAACAAAACAGGGAUGUACUAUCUCUACUUUAUGUUCUGUGAUCCUCAACUCCGGGGAUUGAAGAUUACAGGCAGGACAGUUUGGCGGAAUCCUCAUGGUUAUAUCCCUGGAAAAAUGGCCCCGAUGAUGACAUUUUUUGGUUUCAUGUCACUUGCGUAUCUUGCACUUGGGCUUCUAUGGUUUCUUCAGUUUGUGAGAUGUUGGAAGGAUAUUUUGCAGCUGCAUUACCAUAUAACAGCUGUUAUUGCACUUGGUAUGUGCGAAAUGGCUUUCUGGUACUUUGAGUAUGCUAACUUCAAUUCAACUGGGACCAGACCUAUGGGCAUAACCUUGUGGGCGGUUACAUUUACUGCUGUGAAGAAGACCGUGUCUCGCGUUCUUCUUUUAGUAGUUUCAAUGGGCUAUGGUGUUGUUCGACCCACAUUGGGUGGGAUUACAUACAGAGUUGCUGCUCUUGCUAUCAUCUAUUUUACUGCCUCAGAAGCCCUUGAACUUGUUGAAAAUCUGGGAAACAUCAAUGACUUCUCUGGCAAAACGAGAUUAUUUCUAGUGUUACCUGUUGCCAUACUUGAUGCUACCUUCAUCAUCUGGAUAUUUUCAUCCCUCUCUAGAACUCUAGAGAAACUGCAGCUGCGGAGAAGCAUGGCGAAACUUGAAUUGUAUCGGAAGUUUACAAAUUCUCUAGCUAUGUCAGUGGUUAUCUCAAUUGCUUGGAUUGGCUAUGAGCUAUAUUUCAAUGCAACCGAUCCAUUGAGUGAGCUUUGGCGAAGGGCUUGGGUCAUCCCUGCCUUCUGGAAUGUCCUCUCAUAUGUCCUUCUUGCCAUCAUAUGCGCCCUUUGGUCACCAUCUCGUAAUCCAACAGGAUUUGCAUAUUCAGAGGAGACAGGUGAUGAGGCUGACGAGGAAGGACUCUCUCUUGUAGGCAGUGCUGUUAAAGGAACAGGAGAUAUUGUGAACAUGCAUGUGUUUACUGAGGAUAAACGUGCAUGA